CAGUGAGGCAUGCUAACUAUCCACUUCUUGGUAUCAUUAUAUCAUCAUCUCACUUACUCAUUGCAUUCGUAAUGGUAAUGCUUUAACAUUUAACAGCAGUAUGGUAAUUGGAAAUUAUUGGGUUAAACAGAAUCCGGCAGCAGGGAUAAUAAACCUUCAAGAAAUACCAGCACCACCAUCAUCGCUGCAUCGCGUUUUGUUUGUUGCAAACAAUAAUGACGUGAAGGAAUAGUGCUUCGAGGAAGAUUCGUCAAGAUUUUGGAGUCUUCGUAGUCCAGUCUUCAAAAAAUAGCGAUAUUGAACAGAGUGCAGUUUCCUUCAAGCCGUGUUACUGAUCGAGUUUGUUCAUCUUAUUUAAUAAUUAAUUAAGCAAGUCAAGUUAAAAUAAUGAAUAUUCGAUAACCAAUUUCUAUUGUGAAAUACAAGUAUUAAGCACGAUAGCAAGUGUCUAAAAUCUACAGUUUUCUGUAACAAAUGCACCUCGUCUCAAAACUGUGAGCAAUAUGAGACUGCCCCAAACUUCUACCCCAGGAAUCGUUCUCUUGCUCGUCUCACUUUCCCAGAUCCACGGACAAAUCGCGUUCGAUGGACUUCAGACGAUAGUGAUUCAAUUUGACGAUGCCGUAACAACAAACGCGCCUGCUUGCAGCACCCCGGACGGUAGGCAAGGUUUCUGCAAACCUCUCGCUCAAUGUGCCAUCUUCUACGCGGAAAUCCCCACUUUGCUGGAAAGACCCUGUGAAACUAAGGCUGGUCAAAAAGGCGUUUGUUGUCCUAUCGACAACGCCCAACAAGUGGUUGGACCUCGGCAAAAACCGCAGGGCACGGGCGUGGGUGCCAACGGAGUUCUCACGGCACCCCCGCCCCCUCAAGUCGUCAUUCCUCGAUUGAGUAGGAAGGAACUGGAGAAUAUUGCGGAGCGGAGUGUCGCAAAGUUUCAAGAACGGGUGGAACGUAUUUCAGAUUUGUUAUUUAACAAGAGAGUGACGAUUCCGAAAGGGUCUCCAGCAGCAGCGCAUCAAAAGUUUUUUGAGACAACGAACCAAGUUUUGGACAAGGGGAACGACGCCCAGCUGAACAUUGAAGCUUCACAAAACAUCGUAAACGACCUGAACCUAUCUCCGGAACAAGGGACAUUUGGUCUGCCUCAGAUAACCGUUCGUGGAACAAAGGUUGAGAGUACUUGCCCCCCAGUGUCACGAUGCAACCCAAACUUUCCUUACCGUACAAUGGAUGGAAGUUGCAACAAUAAGCAGAAUCCUGAUUGGGGUAAAAGUCAGACCGCAUUUCAAAGAAUCCUCCCACCCAAAUAUGGAGACGGGAUCAACAGUCCAAGGGCUCAAGCAAAUCGUCAACCACUCCCGUCAGCAAGGACGAUAAGUGAUCGUUUCAUUACGGAUGAGAACAGACCGUACAACAAUCUGACGCUGAUGGUAAUGCAGUGGGGUCAAUUUUUAGACCAUGACCUCACCCACACGCCAAUUGUCAAAGGGAAUAAUUCAGUAGGAAUCUCUUGCUGUCAAAAUGGACAACCUCUCCCAGAAAACUUACGACACCCAGAUUGUUUCCCGAUUGAGAUCUCAUCAGAAGACUCAUUCUAUCGUCGGUUCACGCAGCGUUGCAUGGAAUUUGUUAGAUCCUUGCCAGCUCCUCGAAGAGAGUGCAAUUUUGGUCCCAGGGAACAAAUGAAUCAAAUCACGGCGUAUAUUGACGGCUCAAAUGUUUAUGGAUCUUCUGACAACAGGGCACGAUCCCUCCGAGAAGGGGUCGGAGGCCGUCUUCUCGUUCAAACUAAUCAACGCACCGAACUUCUCCCUGCAAAUUCAAACGAGUGUUCGAACGCGGCUCAGGACCGAUUCUGCUUCAGAGCUGGAGAUCUUCGAGUUAAUGAACAAGUCGAACUUGCCCUCAUGCACACGAUUUGGCUUCGCGAGCACAACCGCAUCGCUCGAAUCCUUCAGGGUCUCAAUCCCACGUGGAGCGAUGAAAUCCUGUAUCAAGAAACGCGACGCAUCGUAAUUGCAGAGUUGGAGCAUAUCACGUACAAUGAAUUCCUCCCACUAAUUCUUGGACCCGAUUACAUGCGAACCUUUGAGAUGCAACCGAGGCAAAAGGGCUACACUCGAUUGUACAAUGAGGAAAUCGAUGCCAGUAUCACGAAUGCAUUUUCAACGGCUGCCUACCGAUUUGGACACUCUAUGGUUCAAGGGAUCAUUCAAACGUUUUCGAAAUUUGGUUCUUCUCGUACGAUGCCAUUCGCGAAAACCCAAUUUCAGCCUUUUCAACUUUACGAUUCUCUGGAUGACCUAGUUCGUGGCCUGACUAACCAAGAGUCUCAGAGAAUGGACCACUUUGUCUCAGAAGCUAUUACGAACCAUUUGUUCGAAGGGUCAUCUGGGUUUGGAUUGGAUCUCAUGGCUUUGAAUAUUCAACGGGGCAGGGACCACGGGCUUCCGUCCUACAAUGAUUGGAGAGAAGUUUGCAGUCUUAAAAAAAUUGGGUCGUGGCAGGAACUCGUUGGCGUAAUGGAUGAUUCGGCAGUCCGGAUUCUGAGCCAGUUGUAUCCAAGUGUGGACGAAAUUGAUUUAUUCGUGGGAGGAAUAGGAGAGCGACCCCAAUCUGGAGCUGUGCUGGGCCCCACCUUCGUCUGUAUUGUGGGUGAUCAAUUUUCGAGGUUGAGGAGAGGAGAUCGAUUCUUUUAUGAAGAAGUGAGUUCCAGGUUCACGGAAGCCCAACUGGACCAGAUACGGAAAGUGAGCUUGGCCAGAAUCAUUUGCGACAACUCGGACGAUAUUUCCGUUAUACAACCACUCGUUUUUCAACAAGCUUCUUUCUUGAACCAAAGACAACCAUGUAAUACGGAAGUCAUCCCAAAAUUGGAUCUAAAAUUUUGGACGGAGAAACGAAGAGAAAGCACUCCCACUCAAGGACCACCACCACAACAAAAUCAAAAUUUUAACCAAAAUCGACCUAAUCAGAGCUUUAACAAUCAGAAUCAAAACCAAAACUUUAAUCAGAAUCAGAAUUUUAAUCAGAAUCAGAAUUUUAAUCAAAAUCAGAAUUUUAAUCAGAACCAAAAUUUUAAUCAAAAUCAAAACUUUAAUCAAAAUCGGCCAAACCAAAAUUUUAAUCAGAAUCAAAACCAGAAUUUUAACUCCAAUCAAUCCCCCAACAGAAAUCCGUUCCAAAAUCAAGGCCAAAAUUUCCAAAGUAGUAAUUUCCAACAAGGUGGCAAUAGGCAAAAUUUUGGGGGAGGAGGAAACUUUAAUCGUGGAUAAAUCUUAGUAAAUCUUUAGCUAGAAAUAAUAUUUACUUACUGCACAUAAUCAUAAGGUGUUUGUUAAUCCUGUUGUUUUCUGCCUGUUAAAAUAAUCGAAUUUCUUAAUACCGGUGACUAAGUAAAUAUACUCAGAGUAUGGAAACUGUA